AUUAUGUCGUCCUCAUCAUCUGAAGAGGAAAUGAAACCAAAAAAGGAAGAAAAAAAGAAGGAGAAGUCGAAAAAGGAUAAAUCAAAAAAGGAGUCGAAGAAAGAAUCAAAGAAGGUAAGCAACCAGCUGUCCUAUGUUUCUUCCUCCUAUACUGAAAAUUCAAUGAUUGAACUGGGAAGUAUGCGUUACGUGACUGUCAGGAGUUUCCGAGGAAAGGCGCUCAUUGAUAUUCGAGAAUUUUACACAGAUAAAGCCUCAGGUGAAAUGCGCCCCGGCAAGAAAGGUAUAAGUCUCAGCAAAGAACAGUACCAGAACUUCAAAGCUGUCAUGAGCGAAAUUGAUGCGAAACUUUGA